AUGUUCCGUGUUAAAAAUCAAAAUAUAAUUCCAUUAUAUGAUACUCCACAUCUAAUUAAAGGAAUCAGAAAUAAUAUAAUCACAAAAGAUUUAAUAUAUACCAUAGAUGGCCAAGAAAAAAUUAUCAAGUGGGAAUAUUUCCAAUUGGUGUAUAAUGCAGACAAGUCUUACAAAGAAUUGCGUCUCCUCAAUAAAUCAACUGAAGCACAUGUGAUUACCGAAAAAAUUAAUAAAAUGCGGGUCAAAUCAGCAACACAGUUAUUUAUUCACAGUGUUGCUGUAAUGACUGAACAUUUAACAGCAAGAGGUGACCUUCCUAAUGAAUGCCGACAAUUAAUAGAUUUUAUUUUGUUAGUUGAUAAUCUGUUUGAUUCAUUAAAUGUUAGCAGUUUAUCUGUUCAAAAUGGUAAAAUUUAUAAAGGGCCUAUUAAACGCAAUUCACCUCAUCAUCAAUUAUGGCAAAAAGCUAAAGAAAUAUUAAAAACCACAAAAUAUAUUAAGAAAGUUAGAUUUGGAGAUAAAACACGAUUGACAGAAACUAUUGCACCAUCUAUAACAAAUUUAAUUCAAACUGUAGAGGGUAUAGAAUCUCUUUGGAAGUUAUUGUCUUUCAAAUAUGGCAUUGAUGCAAUGUUGACAAGAAAUUUCAACCAAGACCCUAUAGAAAACUUUUUCGGGAAUAUCAGGAGUUAUGGUGUUAGAAACACAGUUCUU